AUGGGGAACUACCUUGCCAAUGGUAUUUAUCCCAAGUGGUCAACGUUUGUGAAUACAAUUCCAUCAUCCCAAGGGAAUAAGAAAAAAGACUUUGCCACAGCACAAGAAUCUACAAGAAAAGAUGUCGAGCGUGCCUUCGGGGUACUUCAACAACGAUUUGCAAUCGUUCGUGAACCUUCUCCAUUAUUCAAAGUCAAUGACCUAACAAAUAUAAUGAAACAAUGUAUUAUUCUACAUAACAUGAUCAUUGAGGACGAGCGUGAUGAUGGUCAGGGUUUGAACAUGGAGUAUGAUCAACUUGAUGAUGAUCUUCUAGAAUUGUCACACAAUCCAACUAACGAGUUUAUCAACUUCAUUCAGCUCCAUCAUGAAAUUAGAGACAGCUCGGCACAUCAUCAACUACAAGCAGAUUUAAUUGAACAUCACUGGCAAUUAUAUUCCCAACAAUAG